CAGCAAAAGCUAGUCCAUGACCAGAUAAGGCGCGCGCCACUACCACCACACGCAAAGCGUCCAAGAAAACCCAUCGAUGGGCAUGGGGACACUGCCCGUCACCCACAACCUCUCGCUCGCCUCCCCCUUCCUCCCGCGGCACCGGAGGGCCUGUCGCUCCCCAGUCCAGCACUGCCGGCGCAGGCGGCAUGGGGCGGUGGUGGCGUACAUGGAGCCGGACCCGAACUCGCCGGCGGCCAUCUUGGGUCGCAUCGUCGGAGCCCUCCCCGUGGUGGGCCUCGUGGCGCGCAUCCUGAGCGACGACGGCGGUGUCGGCGGCGACACCGUCGACUUCGCCGAGUUCCGGCGCCGCGUCAGCAAGAACUGCACCGUCAUGGACUCCCAGGCCUUCUACGACUUCAACGACCGCCGCGGCAAGGUAGGAGACCCCUUCUAUGUUCUGUUGUGCUGCUGGCUGGCCGCCAUUGGUGCCGGGCUGCUGAAAUCAGAGGAGAUCUUGGAAGGCGUGGCUCGGCUCCGCAUGUCCAACGACAUCGAGUACGAGGAGGAGACCUUCCUGGAAAUGAUGAAGAUGGCAAGAGAGAAACGGGCAAAGUCGAAGGCCCAAGCUCCGCAGGUACCUAUGGAGGUGCGCGCGGAGAAGGCCCUGGAGGCCAUCUACGUGUGCUGCUUCGGGCAGGACAUGGUGGAGCCCGAGGACGAGGAGCUCCUGUGCGCGAUGCUGAACGCGGUGUUCCCGUCGGUGGGGAGGCCGGCGGUGGAGAGGAUGGUGUCUACUUUGGCCAAGCAGGUGGCCUCCGGGGAGAGGAGGGGCCCCGACGCCAAGGUCGUGUCAAAGGAAGUGGCGGCGCGGCAGCUCAAGGACCUGGAGUUCCUGAAGGAGAACAAGCUGGACUCGAUAUGAAGGGACAAUUUUGACAGGUAGAACAAUGGGUUUUUCUUUUUCAGUCUGGUGAACAGAUGGAGCGUGAGAAUGAAUUAUCGAUGUAGGUGCAGUAUGAAUUAUCGAUGUAGACGCGGUAGCAGGAACCAGCGAUCAAUUCAUACGAUCGCAGCACAGCUGCACACACGAGUCGAUGCUAGCCUUGUAUGAUAGAAGAUAUGUGAGUGUGAGUUGUGACACAUUCUGAAUUAAGUAUUUAUGCAGUCCUAGUGAAUUUGUUACUAUGUUAAA